AACCGCGCAUGCGCAGUGGCGCUACAGUCAGACUUUGCUCGAGGACUGAACUCCUGCCAUCAUUCUGUCACCGCUUUAAAAACACCGGCAGCUUUGAUCAUUUCCAGCUAAUACCUUCAUCAUCAUCACAGUCUUCAUCAUCCGAAUCUCAACAUGAGUGGAGAUCAUGCGCACAAACAGCACCAGAUGCAGCCCGGCUCUGUGGACUACAAUUCACACAAACACAAGGACAAACACAAAGAGCGAGAACACAGCCACAAAGAGCACAAGAGAGACAAGGAGCGAGGAAACUGGAAGAACUGCCACAGUGAGCACAAAAGCUGUUCUGAGAAGAAGCAUCGCGAGAAAGAAAAAGAGCGGCUCAAGCACAAAGAAAAGCAAAAAGAAGAAAAGUUUCAUAGCUCUGAUGGGAAAUAUCGAGAUAAAGAGAACGGCUUUGUAAGCUCUCUGUCAAUUAAAGUGGAAGAGGACAAUGGCUAUCAUCACCCCAUCAAACAUGAGAAAGCACUCAAGAGAGAGCGGGAUGAAGACGAGUAUGAACACAAACCCAAAAAGGUGAAAGUGGACAACGAGAAGAAAGUGAAAAAACGCAAACAGGAGGAAGAUGACGGUGAUUUUGAGGAGAGGGAGGAAAAGAAGCCAAAGAAGAGGACGAAAGAGGUCAAGAAAGACACCACUGGAGGGAAGAAGAAAGCCAAAAACGAGCCGGAGCAGAAGUGGAAAUGUUUCGUUAUGUUUUCACAGAAAAUCAAAGAAGAGAACGAGCGCAUUCUGCAGGAGUACGGAUACUGCGUCAUGGACAACCACAGGGAGCGGAUCGGGAACUUCCGGAUCGAGCCGCCGGGUCUGUUCCGCGGCCGCGGGGAUCAUCCUAAGAUGGGCAAACUGAAACGCCGCAUCCGCCCCGAGGACAUCAUCAUCAACUGCAGCAAAGAUUCAGUUCACCCUAAAGCGCCUCCAGGCACCAGGUGGAAGGAAGUUCGUCAUGAUAAUAAAGUCACGUGGCUGGUGUCGUGGACGGAGAACAUUCAGGGCUCCAUCAAAUACAUCAUGCUCAACCCCAGCUCCAGAAUCAAGGGAGAGAAGGACUGGCAGAAGUACGAGACGGCGCGGCGGCUGAAGAAGAUCGUGGAGCGCAUCCGAGCGCAGUACCGCGAGGACUGGAGGAGCAAGGAGAUGAGGAUCAGACAGAGAGCCGUCGCUCUGUACUUCAUUGACAAGUUGGCUCUGAGGGCCGGGAAUGAGAAGGACGAGGGGGAGACGGCAGAUACGGUGGGCUGCUGCUCUCUGCGUGUGGAGCACAUCAGACUGCACCCUCAGCUGGAUGGACAGGACUACGUGGUGGAGCUGGACUUCCCGGGAAAAGACUCCAUCCGUUACUACAACAAAGUCUCCGUAGAGAAAAGAGUCUUUAAAAACCUUCAGUUGUUCCUUGAAAACAAGCAGGCGAAAGAUGAUUUGUUUGACCGCCUCAAUACAUCAAUUCUGAAUAAACAUCUCCAGGAGUUGAUGGAUGGGUUGACGGCGAAAGUGUUUCGCACUUAUAAUGCAUCCAUUACCCUCCAGCAGCAGCUCAAAGAACUGACCAGCUCUGAUGAUAACAUCCCUGAGAAGAUCCUCUCGUAUAACAGAGCGAACCGCGCUGUGGCUGUUCUCUGCAACCACCAGAGGGCGCCACCAAAAACCUUUGAGAAAUCCAUGCACAAUUUACAGACCAAGAUAGACGAGAAAAAGAAACAGCUCUCUGCUGCCAAGAAGGAACUUAAAGCAGCCAAAGCUGACGCCAAGACGCUUCGCGAUGAGAAGAGUAAAAAGGCUGUGGAGACGAAGAAGAAGGCAGUGCAGAGGAUAUCUGAGCAGCUGAUGAAGCUGGAGGUUCAGGCCACAGAUCGUGAGGAGAAUAAACAGAUUGCAUUAGGCACAUCUAAACUCAACUACCUGGACCCACGAAUCUCAGUCGCCUGGUGCAAAAAAUUGGGAGUUCCCAUUGAGAAGAUCUACAACAAAACACAGCGAGAAAAGUUUGCCUGGGCUAUCGACAUGACAGAUGAGGACUUUGAGUUUUAAAGCUUUUAUUUUAUUGUUGUUAUUUUGAUUAAUUGUUUAUCAAGGAGAUUUAGCACAAGGUAAAAAAUACAGAGCAAGCCAGUAGUUUCUCUCAAAAUGAGGGUCUACAUCAGUUCAGUGGUUAUUUGUUUAACCCAAACUGCCUUUUUGAAAACAGAAGAGGGCCUGAUACUGAGCCUUGCUGAACACCAUGUCUUUAUUCAAGAAAGGCUGUAAUUGUUUCAUAUCAUGCCUUGAUUGUUAGUAUCCUUUGGUUUUAGCCUUCAGAUUUAUUGAUGAAUUGUAUAUUUUCAUAGAAAAAAAUCAUGAAAUACUGCAACCCCUGCGAUCCGUAAAUGAAAAAUUGUGUAUAUAAAAUUGAGUAAAAAUUUUUUUUUAGCUGGCAUACAUAAAGAAAAGCAAACCGAGGCAUUAAUGUCAUGAUGAGGCAAUGCAACACAAUGCGAAUAUAGUCUUUUUCUUUUUUUUAUGUUUCUAUCAGGGAUGUACUUUUUUUUUAAUGUGUGCAAAGAAAUGUAUUUUAUCAAAAGAAUAUGAUUUUAAGUAUAGCCAUUAUUCCUGUGUAUCCUGUUUAGCAUUUCUUUUUAUUAUGAAAUUUAAUUUCUGUGCAUUUGCUAUGAUAUAACAGUUUCUCAUGAAAGUAAAUUAUGUUGCACAGCACUAGUUUAUAUGAAAGCUGCAAUGUCACUAGAAAAAUAUUAUGUAUUUGAUGUAUUAAUAGAAAUCUAUUAGGUAAUUUACCUUUUAAUUUGAAGUCUUGUAAGGCCCUGUGCACAGUUUUUUAAAAAAGAGUAUAGAUAUGAGAAGCAGCUAGUCUUUUUUAACAUUUUAUCCAUCUUUCACCCAAGUUCACAGCCGUGUUUUAUUUUAAAAAGUAAGAAGAAACUUGUCUUAAAGAAUUUUUUUUAUACCAACCGAGGAAAGGGCCGUUUCUGUAGGACUGCUUUUUUGUGUAUUUUAAAUGGUUAUAAAUUACACUGAAGUCAUAUGGUACCUGGUUAGCGCUCAGACAUUGAUAUAAAUGUUAUAUGCAAGAUUAAUAACAUCAUUAAAGACACCUUCAUUUUUCUGUAAUUUAUUGGGCAGUAUAACAGUGUAAGCUUGAAUGUUGAUUUUGCUUUGCGUUAUUGUAGUAGGACAUUAUCAGGUUACACAGUCCUUUUGUGAAGGUUAUGUAUUCAGUGUAAUUAUUGACAGUUUAACCGUACAUUAACUCUUAGUGUAAGCCAAGUUUAGUUUAAGAUUGAUUUGGAAGUCUUUUUAAUUAUUUAGACAGUAAUUUAAUGACAGAGAAAUGUGUAUGUAAUUUAAAUGAUAUUGGGUCUUGAAUGCGGGAAACUGAAGUGAAUGAAAAUACAAUGCUCGGUACUUGGUAUGAGACGAUAUUUGAGAAAAAAAGACUAGCGCCCUAUGUAGCAAAAGGACAGAUUUACACAUGCCUGCAGCAUAUAGAAAUAUGGAAUCAUUUCAUCUAAAGAGGGUUUUUCUUGUUAAAAUGUUUGUUUAUUAACAUUAUAUGCCUAGAAUAAAGGUUUUAAGGUCGUA